GAUGUCGCUGAGGUGGAAGAGAAAGAAGCAACUCGUCUAUGAUACGUAUAGGCUUUCUUCCUCAAGUUCGCUUACUUCCCUUAACUACAAGACAACAUCGGCUUAUUCGGAUUUACUGCAAAGGGCUGUUUCAGAUGAUAACGUAGGUACAUUAAAUGGAUUAAUAUGCUCUGGAGCGGAUAUAAAUGCUGCCGACCAGUUUGGAGAUACCCCUCUAAGUUUAGCAAUAAAAAGGGGACAGUACGAAAUGGCUUCUUAUUUGAUAGCAAAUGGGUCCCGUGUGGAGCAUUUACCGGCCGAUUCCGUUGUUAGCAGUCUCGUAGAAUCUGGAAAGAUUUCUCUGAUAAAGUCCCUACUGGAGGCCGGAUACGACGUUGAUAGUAAAGAUGGCCUUGGAAACACUCUCUUGCAUUACGCGCUUGAAAAAGGUAACUUUCCCGAAUUGAUUACAACCAUCCUUGACCUCUCCAAACCGAAUGUCAACGCUAAAAACCUAAAGGGUAGAACCCCUUUUUCGCUGGCUCUUUUCUACCCGGAUUCCUCACCCCAUAAUACAAUCGAAAGGAUGCUAAGAAUGAAUGCAAAACCAUUCGAUCCAAUUCAAAUUCAACUUGGUUCUAGCUCCAGGAGGGUUUCAUCGUUAUACGCAGCAUGUUCCGUAGGUAAGGGAAGAGGUGUGCAAAAACUAUUAGAAUAUGGUUUACACCCGGAUGGCUAUUUUUCGGGGAAGAAGAGCCGUAAUUCAUCAUUUGAUUUAAAUCAAAAUUUUUGUCAGGAAUUUCGACCAGUUUGCAUCGCUAUUUACAAUUCAGACUUAUCAUCUUUAAAACUAUUAUUAAAAUAUAACGCGGAAACUCAAUUUGGAAUUGGUCACGCCUUUUGCGUCUCUAGUUCUAAAAUAUGCCAUUCCGACGCUCUAACUUUAUCAAUACGUCUUCGACGAUACGACGAAGCAAAAUUACUACUUCAAACUGGUUCACGACUAAAUUGGGAAGAGCUUGAUAGACGUCAAAUACUACUCCAUUAUCCCUAA